UUUGAUUGCUCCCAUCGAGCCUUUGAAAGUUAUAUGCUUUUGCGCAACACUUCCAGACGUUUGCUUUCAGCGUCAUCUGACGGAUAUUUAUCCACCGUCACCGCUCUAUCCAAGAGCGCAUCAAGCCUUCAACUUCUUACCCGAUCAAACAGAGGACUCUCCGAGGCGCAGCCAUGGCUUUCAUGGUAAAACACAUGGUGGGAGGACAGCUGAAGAACCUGACAGGCGGACUGACGGAGGAGAAACCUGAGGGGGAGAAAUCAGACGCCGCCGCGCAGGGGAUGACUCAAGAGGAAUUUGAACAGUAUCAGCAACAGUUAGAGGAGGAAAAACAAGAACGAGAAGCCAGUUUUGCCCAGAAGAAAGCUGAGAGAGCCACAGUUAGAAGUCAUUUCCGGGAAAAGUACAGACUACCAAAGAAUGAGGUAGACGAGACCCAGAUCCAGCAGGCGGGGGACGACGUGGUGCUGCCCACAGAGCUGGCCAAAAUGAUCGCCGAGGACAACCAGGAGGAGACGCACAAGCAGUCGGUGCUGGGCCAGCUGUCCAACAUCCAGAAUGUGGACAUCGACCAGCUGAAAGACAAAGCCCAGGCCACACUGGAAGACCUCAAAAAGCAGACGGAGAAUUGCAGUCUCAUGUGAUUUCGCCAACUCUAAGUCCCAGAAGAUUAGAGUUUUACUUGUACAAAUAUUUUCCAAAGGCAGAGCUGCUCUGGAGGUAGAAAAAUUGCUUGGGUGGAAUGUCAGCUGGCAGAGCCACAUAAUAACAGUUUUUCUAGCUGUGCAGAGUUAGACAGAGGCCCUGCUCACAAGAAAGUAAAGAUGAAGACGCUGAUGUUAUGAAACCUUGGGCUCAUCUUACUAACUGGAAAAGAAGAACUAUAGCCAUAGUGUCAUCUGAGUGAGCUAGUUUAAUUAGCUUUCCUGUUAACCUUCAGACUUCCUAAAAAUGAUGAAUGUCAUUCAUAUUUUUAUCGAAAGUACCUGACUUACACUCUGAAAGACUGUGGUUCUGUGGCUCCUCCCACUGAGAUUCAACCAAUGAGAUUCAUACUGCCUGUAGAGCAACUCCUCCUCUGAGAAACGUUGGCCUGUUGAAUCCUUUCCUCCCUUCCCUCCCCCGCUCCCUGUGCCUCACAUGACCAGUGAUAACGCUAUGAUUCUGCAGCAGAGGUCUCAGGUGUGUGUGUGCCAGAUUUCAUUGCUUCCAAACGCACAGCAGAUGAUUUCACUGACGAACACGGGCACCGUGAACAAGAGCGGAUCACUGAGAUCAGCUGCUUGGUUGGAAUGAAAACAAACAUACACAAGGCUGACCCUGGCUCAUGUGAGGACGCCAUAUGUGUGUUAUGUUGAAUUUGGGAAAUGUGAUCCCUUAUUUUAGGAAAAAAUAAAUAAUAUAAUAAUAAUAGCCAUUUGUGGGGUUGUUUAUAUUCCACGUACAAAAGCACAAAAUCUUAGAGAUGGGCAAUAUUCAUUUAGAGCAACUGAUGAGGCUGAUUUUUGUCAUAAGUAGCUUACUCAUGUUGGCCCCCUGGUGCCCUGAUGAAAGCUCCCUGAGAGCUGCAUUAAUCUUGGUUUUAAUCUUUUCCUAGGCAUAUCAUUAUAAGAGGCUGUUUUUUUUCUUCUUCUGUACUUCAGUGUGCCUUGGACGUCCACACAAGGCAGUCUUCUCUCGAGCUCCGACGUCUGUAAGCUACUUCUUGCGAAGACUGGCCUUUUUGUUUUGUUUGAGCUUUUACUUUUACUUCGAUUAAAAGCAACAAAUAAUUUGCGAGCAGGUGGGAAUCGUGUCCUACUUAAGGGCAGGAGAGAUUUGCUGCAUUGUGUGUACGCUGUAAGAAUUUACUGUUAAGUGUGUACAAUAACUGUGCUCCCAAAUUGAACCUAGCAUCAAUAGCAACUAAGUAGGGAGCAAAUCUGUGUUUGUGCUGCACAAACACAGAUUUGUGAGGUUAAAAAACAAAAGCUGCUGAGAUGAGGGAAAUGUAAAUGCAUUAGAAGCCUAAAGGAAAUGGCACAGAUACGUGUAACUGCGGUGUGAAUAUAAAUCCACAUUCAAAUAUUUAUGUUGUAUAAGACGUAAAUGUAUCUGCUGUCAGCCUAUACUGCCAACAGCGGCUUGUUCUUCUGUCUCCAUCAACUCUCUGCGUCUUGUAGUGUUGUCGCCUGUCACAUGACCUUUGACCUGUCCUCCAUCUCAUUGACCCCUGCGUCUCUGUGGUGCCGUUCUGUGCUGGUGGAUUUGUGUUGUUUAGCUGACGUGAUAUGUCAAGUGGUGUCUUUGUAAAAAAAAACUCGUCCUGUGGCUGACAGUGCUGGUCGUAGUGUUACACAGCACGCAGUCACUGCGGGCCGAGUGCGUAACUCGGUAUUCUGUGUGUUGUGUCCUAGCCAAGCGUCAGUGAGGGGGGAGAGUCGGGAGGGAUGUCGCUGGUGUUGUGUUGAAUCCAUAUACGCUACAUUUUGCCAGUGUUUGAUUUAAUGUAGCAGUGAGGGACAUGUCAGCUUUGAUCUCAUAGCUGUCCCCACUUUGAAUCCUGUUAUAACUCUACUGCCAAAACAUGUUCUUCAUCAUUAGAAAAGUCUUCAUUUUACAUGUACAUGUUUGAUUUUGAGGAAAUGUGGCCAAAAAGAUCUUGGACGGGCGGUAAUUAGUUGUAAGUGGUGUGGUCAUGUGAUAUAUGAACAGUGUAUUCGUAACAUUUCAAUAUAUAAAGCAGAGGAAAAGUUGCAAUAAGUCCUUUUAUAAUGGAACUACGAGAAUCUGUCAGGAGAUAAUAUCAGAGGGUGGAACAGAAGCCAUAAAGCAAACUGCUUGCUUUGUAUGAGUGUGUGUGACUUGUAAUAAUGAUUCAAUAACUCAAUAAUAAUAAUAAUAAUAAUGUACAAAUGUCAUUUUUGUGUUGUCAUCCUGUGGAACUGAUUUUUCAGGAAAUGG